AUGUCUGACAUAAGAAAGACUCUGGCACCUCUCAUCAGCUCCAGCCUAGUCGUUGGUGGUUGCGGAUUCAUUGGAUAUCACCUCGUGCGACAGCUGCUGCAAGAUGACGAAAGCGUUGAGGUCUACGUUUUGGACAGAGAUACAUCCAGAAAUCUACACGAAAAUGUCUCGUAUGUCAAUGGAGACAUCUCCGAUAGUGAAUUUGUGCGAGGUGUAAUCAACGAGAUUCGACCUAGUGUCAUUUUUCACUGCGCUUCUCCCAUUGCAGCGUUGCCUAUGAGCAGAGAGGGCGAGUUUUACGCGACAAACGUCAAAGGUACUGAAGUCCUGCUUACGGUUGCGUCUGAAUGUGGUGCUGUUCAAGCAUUCGUCUUUACAUCAAGCGUUGACGCGUACGCCAACCCGCCUCACACAGAUGCUGACGAGACAUAUCCUCUUUGGUCACCGACCAACAAGUCAAAUGAGUACAAUCGGACAAAAGCAAUUGGCGAUCGUCUAGUUCGGGAAGCAAACGGCCCCCAACUUCGUACCGUCACACUACGCCCUGGUCAUGCUUAUGGAGAGAGACAUGUCCAGGGCAUGGUUGAAGUUCUCGACAUGUGCAAGAACAAGAAACUUGUGCAGAUCGGGGACGGGGAGAAUCUAAUGGAAGUUGUAUCCGGAGAAAAUAUCGCGAUAGCCCAUGUUCUAGCUGCAAAAGCUCUCCUGGACCCAAGUCGAGCAGCAGGCAAAGUUGAUGGAGAAGCUUUCAAUGUCUCCGAUGGAGCUCCAGUGCCGUUUUGGCAUCACACGGGAGUUAUCUGGAAAACAGCAAGAGGUGAAGAUGUUUUCAAGGACAUCAUUGUUCUGCCUGCUUGGGUGAUGAUAGUGGCUGUGUUUUUAGCGGACUGGUGCUUCUGGAUUUUCACUCUUAAUACAGCCAAGCCUCCGGUUGAGCUACGAAGAAUCUCACUUGAGUAUUGUGUCUACACACAUACUUAUAGCAUCGAAAAAGCUAGAAGGAGAUUGGCAUUUAACCCUGUUUCGGAUCACGAUGCGGUUGUGGCGCAGUCUGCAAGAUGGAUGUUGAAGUAUCGAGAGAGUAUGAAGCAGAAGUCUAGUUAA